CUCAGUGUGUUCCUGAAUGUGAGUGGGUUAGCGUUGUGUCUGCGUUCUGUUCGUUUAUCGGUUCUUUUUUACAAGAAUGGCACGUGCCACCGAAUACAUCACAAAACAAAUAAACAAAGAUGCCGAAAGUGCAAACAAAUAUUAGUGCCAUACACGAUGAAAAGUUCCUCCACAAAAUGUUGGUAAUCACGCCGAUAUUUUCUCUACAUUAUUUUUAAACGUACGUUGGUGUCUACUAAAUUUAAAUCGUACAUGCGAAACGUGGAGAAAUCAAUUUUCCAAAUGUCAUGAUCCUGGAAGACACCUCAUUCCUAGCUUGUCGUUAGUUCCGGGAAAUUUCCGGGGAAAAAUGGAAAGUGCAGUUAUGACACCGGGAAAUACUCGUUUGAAAGUACGCGGGAAAAAUAAAUCGAUAACGCGACUUCUUGCCCGUAACCACAAUGUAAAUAAUAAUAAGAAUAAUCGGAACGGUUUUACUAGACCGAAUUCGUUGAGGAGUAACUCGAACCAGAGACAUUUAAGUCAUUUUCCGAAGACUGUACGCUGUAAUCAAAUCGAUAAUGCUGCCUUCGUAAACAAUAUCAACAAUGGAAAUGAUUCUGAAGAGAGAAAAAUCAUUUUUUAUGGAAAGUUUACAAGAGACGUUUACAAUGCAAUUUGCCUUCGGUUAGGACACACCCAGUAUAUUCCUGAAGAUUCCGUGCAAACUGUUUUUAACGAUAUGCAGCUUUAUCCAUCGAAAGAUCAAGUGUCAGAAAUGCUGAAGUGUGCAAGACAGUGUGGUCGACGAAAUGGGGCAUCUAAACAUCUCACCUUUGGAGAGCUUUGCGUCUUUGUUAGAGAAAUGCAAAAUCAGAAUCCCAAACAGAACCGCAAAAUUCAGUCAUGUAAACCGAACAACCAAUGUGGAAAUAAUUGUGAAGUAUUCUUAGGAGGGUCAUGCAAUCCCACGACAUGGAGAGCCGAUACUGCAAUUCCAGAGCUCCAAAAACAUGGUAUUACAUUUUACAAUCCACAAGUUUCGAUGUGGGUGCCCGAAUUGGUGGCUCAGGAGCACGAUGCUAAGCAAGCAGCUUCAGUUCUGCUUUAUGUAGUAGACAAUCAAACGAGGAGUACAGUUGGCAUGAUUGAAGUUGCAUAUUUAGUGGCUUCGGGGCGGUGUGUUGUCAUUGUGGCACAUUCAUACAGGCCAGGACAAAGUAUUAUGGGGGAAACAAUCACGCAGAGGGAAUAUAGGGAUUUGGUAGAAGGCCAAACAACGUUAUUAACUCUGGUUAGGAGUAAAGGAAUUAAAGUCCACCAAACUUUACCUUCAGCUUUGCAAUGCACCGCGAAGAUUUUGAGAAAUGUUAGCGAUAUGACACCCGAAGAGCAGCUAACUUCUAAGCUAAGAAAAUUACGAGAGAUUUUUGACUCCUGUGGAGGUCCAACCGGUGAAAUCGAUACCUUGAAAUUCAUGAGAGCUUUCCAACAAUUAACUCAACGUGAACUAACUAAUAAUGAACUGUACAAGUAUUUUUCCCCCAACAACAAAAACAUCACAUUUGAUAAAUUCUGCACGUUGAUGGCAGAAUUGACCAGUGACAACUGUGAUACAAGCCUAACAAAUGGAUGGGUGAGUCAGCCAUUUCAACGCCAAUGUUCAACCAAUAACAAUACUUGUAACAUGGACAACUCUGUAUUGAAUGGUACAAUGGACGAACCCGUCAGCAACGUGACAUUUAAGAGCAAAAUAUAUGAUGUAUUUCUCGGUGGAACACAUAAUUCUGUGAGAAACUGGCGGGAGGAUAUAGCCAUACCAACAUUUAAAAAGUACAAUAUACGAUAUAAUCCAAUUUCUAUGAACGGUUAUGAAGUGUUAGAUAAUAAGAGCGUGACUGAUGAAGAUGUUUUGGGAUGGAAACAAAUGAUGGACAGCGCUGAUGUGUUAUUGUUCGUCAUAACGGAGGAUACGAGGUCAUUGACAACGAUGAUCUUAGCGGCUCAUUAUAUUGCAUUGGGAAAAAACCUUGUCCUGUGUGUGCAGCACUUACCAGAAGAGAACUGUGUUGUUGGCAAUGAAUCUCUGUCGGAGCAGGCGAUAAAAGAUUACAAUCGAGGGAGGGUGUACGUAACGGAUAUGGCGAAACGUAAACAAAUUCCAGUAUUUGAAGACAUCGCAGAAGCUGUGCAAUGUGUAGUCAACAUAAUACAGAGCAGAUAGUCAGAUACCUCAUGAUUUUAUAAAUGAAUUGAAAUUUUCAUUUCAUGACACGGGAAAAAAUCUUUGCUCUCUUGAACGUUUUUGUAAGGCAGCUCUCUUCCUGUAAAGCAGCUCGUUUCAGGUGAAAUGAAAUUUUCGAUAAAUACGCUUUUAAAUUUUUAAUUAUUUAUUAUGAAUGUUUUAAUGUAAUUAUUUUCAUUGUUAUUGAACACUUAUUGGUGCAAUUUUUUAUUUGUUUGAUCAUUGUAACGGAAAUCUAACUUCGUGGAUGUUUACCACUAAAAAUAAUUUUAGAUGUAAAGUGGAAUCAUUUUUAUUAAUUGAAAGUAAAAUGUUUACCGUUGUGAGUUGGUCACAAAACGGUACUUUUCGUAUUUAACAGCUAUACUUUGAUAUGUAAAAAGUGAUGAAGGUAGCUAAAUCUGAUACCAAAUGGUUAGAUGGUAAAGACAAGUUCCUCUUUCAAAUGUAAAUACGGCGGCUACUUAAGUAUAGUUGUUAAAUUUUUUUGUUAAAACGAUGAUAUUAUUUAAACAUCACUCCAGCUAUAAUACCUGUUUCACAUUUUUUCAUUAGUUUGUAGGUUAUUAAUUAAACUUUAUACAAAAUUAAUUGUACAGUAGAGUAAUUUAUUAUACACUAUGUUUUUAAUAUUAUAAUAUAUUGAAAUAUGUUAAAUGUUAUGUGCAAUCUAAGGGUGAAAAGCCAGCUGGUGUUUUAAGUACUUAAAGUGUGGAUGCUGCUGGAUGUUUUAUGCAUUUAAGUCAGAAAGCAAAUGUGGCCCAAGUCAUUUUGCAAAUGUUUUUCUGUAACGUUCCACAUUUGCUUCAGUUGCUAGAUUGGAAGAGGAAGGAAAUAUAGUACAACUUGUUUUCUUACAGUUUAUGACAUGUGAUUUAUUUGAUGACAAGGUAGCCAUGGCAGAGUAACAUCAGUAUUUGUAAGAGGUGUUGUACAUUUUAUUGUUUGUUUGUGAGAUUGUUCAAACUGCCGAAGUUUACAUAUUUGGGAACGAAGUGGAGAUUUUUAUCUCCUUGGGCAUGUUCUGUACCUGAAAAAAAUAUAUGAAGAAGGAACUAAUAUUUUUAUAAUAACAGAAUCUCAUCUACUAGUGUAACGAACUUAUCAUUUUGUUAUCAUCGUAGGAGUAGUCUUACAUUUGUCAUAUUUUUUAUGUCUUUUUUGGAAAUGCCUAAAACCUUCCAUUCUUGAUAGGACAGUACAUUUUGGCAGCAUUUUCCUUACAUUCAUUGUAGUUCAACUAGUAACAACCGAAAUUUAACUAGCUAACUAAUUAGCACUUCUUGUAUUUAUUAUUUUUUUAAUGUCUAAUAAAACUUUAUUAAAAA